UGAAUGGAGACCGAACUCUCCAGCAAGAAGAGAAGCAACUGCAAACCUGUAUGCAAAUGGAUAACCAACUCCCUCCCAAGAAAGUUUCACAGGCUUGCAGAUGCAGAAGAAUUGUGACCCAGGAUGGACUUCUCCCAGGAAUCUCAUCCACACCUGAUACAGAUGAUUUAGAUGAUGAAAUUUUUGGAUUUUGUGCUAAUGAAAUUACAAUGAGGCUUUGGACUUGAGCUGAUACUCUAAUGAAUUCCAAGUCUUUUUUCCUUCCGUUAUGGUUUAUCCUUUCUCCUGCACUUUUGUAAUCUGGCGAUAUGGGCGCAACGCACUUGUCUGAGCCUCACGAUGGUAGUGAUGGUGAACAGCACGGGUCCAAGUGGCUUGACCAACUUCUCAGAAAACGAGCCCCCAGCUAAAGAAAAGAACCCCGUGUAUGAUUGGAGCCCUGAAAUCCAGGGAAUCAUCCUCAGUUCCAUCUUGUAUGGUGCAGCCUUAACCCCAGUUCCUAUUGGAUACCUCUCUGGAAUAUACUCUGUAAAGAAAAUGGUUGGCUCUACAUUAUUCCUCAGCUCUCUGUUCUCCCUCUUCAUCCCAUUGGCAGCUGACCUUGGAGAAGCUACAGUCAUUGUGUGCCGAGUGGUCCAGGGAAUAGCCCAGGGUGUAGUAUUAACAGCUCAGCAUGCAAUAUGGGUCAAAUGGGCUCCCCUCUUGGAACAAGGCCGACUUACCUCUAUAAGUUUAUCAGGGUGUUUGCUGGGACCCUUCAUUGUCCUGCUUGUGACUGGAUUUAUCUGUCAGUCCCUGGGCUGGCCAAUGGUCUACUAUAUUUUUGGUGCUUGUGGCUGUGCCCUAGCUCUUAUCUGGUUCAUUGUGGCUUAUGAUGACCCGAAGGACCACCCAUGUAUGAGCAUCAGAGAGAAGGAAUACAUUGCAUCCUCCGUUGUCCAGGAGUUCAGCUCAAGUGGGCUAUCUCUGCCCUUCAAGGCUAUGCUAAAGUCUCGUCCACUCUGGGUCAUUUCCCUCAGUCAUUUUGCUUUUUUCUGGACAAAUACCAUCUUGAUCGUAUACAUCCCAACGUUUAUCAACUCCGUGUUUCAUGUUAAUGUAGAAGAGAAUGGGUUGCUGUCCGCCCUCCCGUAUUUGUUUGCCUGGAUAUUUGGUAUCCUGUCAGGUCUCAUGGCAGACUUCAUCCAGUCCAGGAAUAUUCUCAGCUUACUUGCCAUUCGGAAACUCUUCAACACACUAGGCCUUCUCCUUCCUGCCUUCUUCAGUUUGUGCCUACUUUACUUGAGUUCCAGCUUCCACAUCGUUAUUAUUUUCCUGAUACUUACUAAUGCAACAGGAAGCUUUAGCUUGAAUGGAAUGUUUCUGAAUCCCUUGGAUAUUGCUCCCAGAUAUUACUCAUUUUUAAAAGGAGUCACAUCUCUAAUUGGAAUGAUAGGAGGACUAAUUGCUUCCACUCUGACUGGAAUCAUCAUUGAUCAGGAUCCAGAGUCUUCCUGGUUUAAAAUCUUUUUCCUGAUGUCAGGCAUGAAUGUGGUAGGCGUCAUUUUCUACCUUAUAUUUGCUGAAGCAGAAAUCCAGGACUGGGCUGAAGAUAGGCGACAAACACGCCUCUGAAGGACAAGAUCAAAGCUGGAAUGGUCAACAGAACCAGAAGAGGAAUUAUAAAGUGACAGGAUAUGCUGAACAAACAAAAUGAAGACUCAAUUUUAAGGAAUCCUGUGACUUUUACUUAGUUUUAUUUUUUUCUUCUUUCUUUUUUUCCUGCUUUCUUCUGUUUGGAUUUUAAAAGCCAAAAUCACCUUUCUUACUUCGAACUGGUCAUGGAAAAUUUUUUCCUCCAGUUCUUUACAUGUGCACUCAUAAUAAAAUUCACCUUCUCACCAAGACAAAGAGACUUAUUUCUCUUUAAUGUGGAAUCAGCCGGGCCUAACUAUUAAAGACCAUGUUAUCUGAUGGCAACAGUAUGGACCAUAUGGAGAACUUCUAAGGUGCUGGUAAUAUUUUAUUUUUCAUAACCAGGGUGGUAGUGAUUAAAAGCAUGUCUAACUUUUAAUAAUUCUUUGGUAUAUACAUUUGUUUUGUGCAAUUUUCUGUAUCUAUGUUUUAUUUUACAGUAAAUUUAAAGAAAAAAGAGAAUGUGUGAUUCUAAUGACUAACUUUUAAUUGAUUCUAAACUUAGGAGCGAAAGAGGGUGUUAUUUAUUGGCCUCCUCUAGAACCUUACACAGAGCUAACUAGUACGGGAAGACUUGGUAGAAAAAGACUCAAUAUGAUUUGGAAGAAGAGUCAGCAAUUACUGGCGUUAUUUGGAAUGGGUCAAAUAAAUCCUGUUUUUACUAUUAAAAAAAAAGAGCAUGAGAGAAUGUGAGCUGAGGAAAUGGAAACCACAAGUAUAGACAGCCCUAUAAAGGAGAGCAGAGAAACAGCAGGGUAGCUUUAGGGGGAUGUGAAAUUAGGGAAUUUCUUUUGUGUUCACUUAUUUCAGAAGACAAAUGCAGUAGCAUAUUUCUCUGUUGAUGGAAUGAUCUGAUAGUGAAGUUUCAUGGUACAGGAGAUCAGGCAUGUGUGGGCUGAACAAAACAGGCCUGCAGACCUUGGUGCACAGCAGUCUGCAUGACCUAGGUAGCUAAUGUUUAACCUAUCAUCUUUGUAAGCCAGUAGAGGAAAAAAAAGGUAAAUUGUAACUUUAACUGGGAAGUAAGCAGGAGGUUGAGAAACUCUUAGUCUCAUAAAAGAACAAGAAUGUUAAUCUAGUCUACCUGCUUCCUGGCCCCCUAAGUGUUAUCACUCUUGUGGUUAUUUACAAAGCCCCAUCCUAUAAUUCUUUCCUUCCUGCACCAUCCCCAUGUCACAGGAUGCUCUCCCACCUCUAGGAAUGUCUUUGUCUUAAACCCUUAUAACUGGCUUACUGUCCUCUUUCAAUUGCAUGGCCAACUUCCCAGUGAAAGCAGUACCCGCCCAGUGAGUAAAAAGCUGUUUGAUUUCUGCUGAUUUCUGCCUCCCUGUGAGUAAGCCCCAAAUAAAGUUCAUGUUUCAGAAAAUGCUUGGCAUCUGCUUUGGUCUUUUGACUGGCAAAGACCCCUCAGGCUGUGGCAGG